UUUUUUUGCAUUAUGUACUCAGAUGAAGUCCAAAUCCAUGAAAUUAUCAAAAAAGACGAAUGUGGCCAAUAUUCUGCCAUCUUGACAAACAAACUUAAAUAUGAAAAUAUUUUUUUCCUAUUAAAACAAAGUGUAGGCUGUGCCAGCCAGUCUUAUGCUUAAGUACACACUAACACACAAAACUUGCAAAAUAUCAACAAUGCAUUUAAUUGCAAAAUAUAAUGUCCUGAGUAUGACCAGUAUUGAAGGUGUCUUCCUAUUGUCACAUAAACUGAAAUGGGGUGUGAAAAAAUGUAUUAAAACAACAUCUGUUAAUAAUUACCUUUUAACCCUUUAAGUCCCAAUGGUGACCAACAUCAAUUUUCUCCCAACAAUAUCCAUACAUUGUCAAGAGAUAAAGUUAUAAGAAUUAAUAAAAUGAUCACCAAAGAGAUAGUGCCUUGAUCUUUGGUCAAAUUCUCUCAACACAUUCUUUAACAAAAUGUAUGGCGAUCAGUUUGGAGAAUUUGGAUGUGUAUUUUAGGGCUUAAAGGGUUAAUUAUUAAAAGAUAGCUUGGUAGGAAAGUGUUAUUUUAAAAUUCCGAAAAUAAGCCCCUCCAAAUAUAAGCCCCCCAAACUCGUGACGCAAAAAACCCUCUGUUAAAUCGCCCCUCCAAAUAUAAGCCCCCUGGGGGCUUGUACACAGUAAAACAAAGCAAAAAUGGCUGAUGCACACGAGGGGUUUUGCUCGCGGAGCAUGCUCCAGGCUCAUUUAGCACAUGUCAGUACACACGAGGGAGCGUUUUCAACAAGUUCGCAUUUUGCCCCGGGAGCUUGCUCCCAAAUAUUUAACCUGUUAAAUAUCGUGGAGCAUUUUGCGGGGUGAAAAUUUUGCUCCCGAGGAUGAAGUAUACCCAUGAAAUCGUUGGUACACACGGAGGAGCUGUGCUCCCGGAGCGUACCCCUGGAGCAUGCUCGGGGACCAAAAUCCCUUGUGUGUAUCGGCCUUUAAGGCUAGCCCAAUUGAUUUUGAAAUUCAAAUUCCCUCCAUAGAUAAGCCCCUCCAAAUAUAAGCUCCUUUGAAAAAUAUAAGCCCUGGGGCUUAUUUUCAGAACUUUACGGUAUUAGAAUCUUUUGACAGAGGCCAAUGAAUAUGCCAACUUAGGUAAAGUCAGUGACAGAUUUGUGUAUCUGUACCUCGUGACUUUAUUUUGUUUAUUUUUGUUUGCAGUGUUGAUGGUACAUCUCAUUCGUGGCCUCUUUCAGUUGUACCUAAUGGUUGUGUUUCAAUUUGCAAUGCUUCAACAAAUAGUGGAGGAAGUGCAGGCACGGGUAGCUUUGGCUCUUUCCCUGGACAGACAAUCUGGUCAGCUGAGGCCAAUUCACGUACCACACCUCCCCUGUCACCCCUUGACAUGUCCCCCCCUUCCAGCCUGACAAAUUCUUCACUUGGCACCAGUCCCUCUUUCCCUGUAACUCCUUUGGUACCUACAAGUUCUCUAACUAAUUCAUCAGGUAGUGCAUCACCUACAGUGAACGGCUUUAAUGAUGAGCUUUCGCCUUAUCCAUCCCCAACUGGACAACACUUUGGAUCACAAGAUGCAUCAUCCCAUUCUAUGUUUAUGCCUAUUAAAGAUACAUCCAUGGGAAGUAAGGGACGUAAUUCAUCAGAAUCAGGGUACUAUUCAAGCAAUGGCUCAUCCCGUCAUUCUCAGUCAUCUCCAAGCUCAGCUCCUGGACGUACACAUUUUGUUGCUUCUCCAAAGACACGUCCACAGUCCCUGACAUUUACAGCUGGUAAUCAUUACUGCAGCUCACCAAGCAUGUCUCCUUCCUCACCACCACUUCAUAGUCACUCAGCUCCUAAGUAUAUUGGUUUAAAUCAUGACUUGAACGGAGGGGUAUGGUACAAAAAUGGGUCUGCUCAAGAACACUCUUCUGCAAACCAUUUUGUAAGGGAUGGUCAAGCUUUUGCAAGGGACAAUGGAUAUUCAGGUCAUGCCAUUUUACAGCGUACAAAGAGUCCACUCACUAGUGAACUGCAUUAUAGGCUUGAAGAAUGUUAUGAACAGCUUAGAUGUUUAGAGAAAGAGAGAAAGAAGGUACUGGAGACUUGUAAAUACAUGAUAGCUAACUGAUAAUGGUUUGAGGUAUACAAGUCAGCUAUUCAUUUUCAUAUUUUCAUCUAAGGUUUUAUACAGGUGUCAUACUGACAUGUAGUUUCAGAGAGUUAUUUCUACAAUGAAACAUCAAGCUACAAGUUGUAAUUUCUUUUGAAAUAAUUUCGAAUCCCAUGGAAUGAAGGUUUGUGCAGUUUUAAUGAAUGUUCCAUGCUGUACAGAUGUUUAGUGUUGUUAAACAGGGCAGUCAUUAAGGUUUUUCCUAGCUGGUCUCUCAAGGAAAGCGCUGCUGUUAUUAAUUUGAGAAAUCCUCCUGUGUUAGUUGUGUUUAACCCUUUUUUGAAACUUAAAGUAGCCUGCUGGUUAUACUGCAGUUCCUGGUUAAAAAAGCCGGCUGCUGGUGACAUGUACCUAUGACAACCCUUAAAAAAUAUUUCAAUAACCUUUGUUAUAAGCAAUUGAAUAAGCUUGGGCUUACAUAUUGUUUUCAGACAGAGGCAGAAAUUUCACACCUUUGGUCAGGUCGAAGGCUCUCCUCUGGAAAUGCAUCCAAUGUAAGACCUCCUCCAAAUCCAUCCAGAGUAGACAAGCUUAUCGUAGAGCACUUACGGGAACACGCCAAGGUAACUGUACCAGUCCAACUUCUCUACAGAUUAAUUAUCAUUAGAAUUUUUUGUAGGGAGCAUAUUUGUGAAACACCCUGUCCUUUCAGUAAACUACCAUGUCUACCAUUUUUCCUUGGAAAGGUACUGCAGUGAUUGUUAAAUUUUUGGCCUUGUCAGUGUGCAGGUGCUUCCUUUUAACAUUUAAAAGUUUUUAACAUCCGUGAAACCUCUGGAUUUUCUUUAUAUAAUCUGUUGUUAAUGAGUCAUGAAUUAUAAUAAAGUAGUAUUGGUCACACUUAACACUGGUAUUAAGUCAAUAAAUUAAUGAUUAAUUCAGUAAAUGAUUAAAUAGACCAUGAAACCCAUCAUCUUUGCAUGCAUGCAAAGACUGAUGGGAUAAAAGCAAUGUCAUCUUGUAUUUCAGGGGGCAAACAAGUGAUAAAAUUUACCAAUACAAGUAAUGACUGUUAAGUUUGUUUAUUCCUUAAGCAAUACAACGAUUUUACUUUUUCAAGAUGUAUAGUUCGAGUUUUGAGAAGUUUUGCAUCAUUAUUGCUUACUGUCAGGACAUCUGCAGUCACUACUGCAUGUAAAAAAAAAAAUAAGAGGGAUCACUUCCACCCAUAAUUUGCCAUUAUCAUCUUUAAGAUAAGAAGUUCCUCAUUUUCUGUUGUCUAGAAUAAAGAAAUUUGACUGUGAUUUAUUGUAUUGGCAGAUUUAAUCACUUGUUUGGCCCCUGAGAAACUGUGACAAAAGUCAUUGUUUUUAUCCCAUCAGUCCCUAAGCACAUGCAAAGAUAGCGGUUAUUGGGAAUAAGGAUUGUUAAGGCGGAUUUGCUUUCUUCUUGUGAGCAGGCUCGCAAAUUAUUUGCAGUGCGGUAUGUGCUAUUGUUUUUCAAGCAGUGACAUUAAAGGCAGAAAGCUUUGUCCCUAGGCUAUCUGCUUUAGUAGGCUGCUUUGAAUAUUUUUUUGGCAUUUUAUGUUAUUAUUAGGUUGAGGCAUUAGUGGGACGUAUAGAACGCAUUCGGCACUCCCCACUUCACGUUAGCAUUAGUGAGGGAGUAGAUCAGUGGCAAAGUGGAAUACGUGAAGUUCAGAAUCGCCGUAAGGAAGAGCUUUUAAGUGGUAACAAUUCAAGAAGCAGACUAAACUCUGGUAUUAGACAUCAGGACACUACAGGUAAUCAUUAACACACAUUCAACGAAGGCUUCAUACAAAAAACUUACAGUUAGUUAUUCAGGGUUCGUACAGAGUCUUAAAUUCUUGAAAAAGUCUUGAAAUUUGCCCAACUAUUUCCAGACCUGGAAAAAGUCUGGAAAAUGGAGAUAAAGUCUGGAAAAAUGGUAAAAAGUCUUGAGUUUUUCUUUUUCCAAAGCUAUAACAUGUGCCUUAUAAGUGAAAUUUUUUUUGUUUUGGUCAGAUCUUAUUCAGUCUUGCCCUUACAUUUGCAGUGCAUCUUGAAAAAACUUUGUUCCUGCAUUUUUUAAGGUCUGUAUUGAUCACCUAUUCUGGAAAAAGACUUUAUUGUUUUGGAAAAAAGUCUGGAAAAAAAGUCUUGAAUUUUGGAUCCAAAAAUGUGUGUGAACCCUGGUUAUUUGACAGCAGUGCUUUAAACUGUCAAAUUGUAUUAUAAUUAUUAUCUUGGUUAGAAGCCCUGAGCUUAUACAGUCAACUUUCUCUUAGACGGACACCUUUGAGACCAGCUCACCAAGUGUCUGUUUUAGAAAGAUGUCCAUCUUAAUAGAGAGCCAAAAUAAAUGGAGUAGGUAAAGACUGCAGGGAUCAACUCUAGCUGUCCAUUUUACCGCAGUGUCCAUCUUAUAGAGGUGUCCAUUAAUAGAGAGUCAACUGUACAAUCUCAUAACAGGUUCAUGGUGGGCUUACACUUCGGCACCUUACAAGCAGAAUAAAACAAAUGCCUCAAAAAAAAAAACUGAUAGCGACACUUCUUAUAUUUUAUCAGUAAAGAGGGCUGUCAUUAAUGUUUUUAAGUGGCUAGUCUCUUUUGGAAACUAGCUGGUCAAUUAUCCCACAAGCCCUCCUAUAUUAUUGUAAUAUUUGACUCAUUUUCAAACUUAGAGUACCUGGCUGACUCACUGCAAUAGCCGGCUGAAAAACCCAGCUGCCAGCCACUUAUGACAACCUGGAAUAUAUCUGUAGAUAUUGGAGUCCUUUAACUAGGAUUUUACAGUGGGCAACAUACAAAUGCCCUGUGUAAAGGGGCUUCAACCUAAUAAUCACUUCAACACCUAAGGAAACAAUGCAAGUAUGGACUUAACUUAGUGUAUGGUCUGAUCAAUUUUAUCCUUUUUUUGCCAGAGUUGUCAGCUUUAAUAUCAGGUGUGAAGGCACUGACUCUUCACACUCGUGCCACUCGUACAAUAAUCUGGUGUGCUCAUCAGCUUGUGCUGGCUAAUUCCACAUCUAGCCAUGAAAACACACUGCCACUGAUGCAAUCAAAUUCCAAAGAAAGUACUGGUGAUGUGUCUUGAGCAACUACUUAACUUAAGUUGGCUUGCGUCAUAAUUGAAAUGCAUUCCCUGGCAUUCAUUGGUUUACUGCUAUAAUAUUGCGUAUUAUAAAGCAGCAAUCAUUGAACACCAAUCGAUCAUGAUGGAAAUAUUGUCAACCACUUGAUGGUGAAAAUACAUUGAAGAUUCUACAAUGUGAGAGCUUUAAAUUAAAGUGGCUUUGGACAAGGAUUUCACAGAGAAUAGAUUUACUGUGGGAACAAUAAUUUAACAUUGCUGUGCUACAUUUUGUAUGUUCUCUUUGGGUUUCAUAAAUCCGCCCAGAAAUUACAGUCAGUGUACUUGGAUCACCUGUUCCUUAUGAUGACAGAAUAAACACUGUUCAACAGCAUCAUUCAUGCAUAUAAUAUUGAGGCUUUCAGGACAUGCAUUGGUGUUGGGUACAGUAAUCAUAAUAUUAUUAGCCAGAUAGCAAAGGGUGAAGAGUCUGCAGUUGAUGGCUCUUGGAAUGGAUAUGCUUUGCAGUAGUGUCAAGACAAUUUAUUAAGCAUGUGGAAGAGUUUACAGUGUUGCAAGGCAACUAAACAAUUUUUUAAAAGAAGAGUCCUUCAAGUGCUGUUCAUUUUUUCUGACAUUACAGUCUAAAAAAACUCUAUCUGACUAUUCUUAAUCAUCUAUAUUAAAUGCCUGAAAUGUUGUAAACUGUUAAGCAAAUGAUUUGGCAGGCCAAGUCAUUGUGCUACAUGCAGCUGAUACUGAACCUAAAUUUCUCAUCCAUGGUCCAUUGAAUUUUAUUUUUUCUUGACAUAACUGAAAUGAACAAUAUCCCAUAAAGUCCACUCCUCUCUUACUUAGAAAAGUUCCUUACUUUGGACAACUGGUUAGGAAUUUUUGCAGCUUUGGAUAAAGAUGACUGAUUUUAAGUUCCUAACUUUCAUUGGAUUAAAAAUUUGCUGCUCUGCAAUCAAACCAAAUGCCUAUCUAUUUUAUUGCUAUUCCAGCUAUUAGUACUUAAAAGAGAGAACCUUACAUUUCCCAACCCUUCAGCUGGGUAAUGCAUGCUGUGAAACAGAGUUUAAUACCAUCAAUCAUAUUUGUUAAGAG